GACUAGCAAUGGAGAGGUAAAGAGGUGCGACGCGGCGCCUGAACAAUUCAAGUCAAAACAGCAUUUUGUUAAACUUACGCUGAAAUACGUGCUAGCAACUUGUCUUAGAACUACCAACAUGUUUUAAUUCAACUUUUUCGAGUCGAUUUUUUUAUUUGCUUAACCGCUAGGGUCAAUUCUCCAAUUCACAGCAAAGCCGGACUUUUUUUUUUUUUUUUGAGUUGAGAGAAGUCACCGUCCGGGGAGGCAAGGCAAGCAGACAGCUCAACUUUUGCGCUCGCGCGACCUUAUGUGGAUUUUACUACAGAAAACAUGGAGAGGAUACCCGGUUUCUCCUCGGGAACGUCGCUAGUCUUCGUCCUGGCGUUCCUUCACCUCUCCCUGGCUCUUCAAUGCAUGGACGACAACGCACCGUGUAUCAACAACGCUACCUGUCAGACAUUUAGCAACGGUACCGAAUACUGCAGAUGCGCACCGGGCUUCCUCGGGGAAUACUGCCAAUACAAGGACCCCUGUUAUCCUAACUUCUGUCAGAACGAUGGGAACUGCUCCGUGGGCAUGCUAGUCAGCGUACCCACCUGCACCUGCCCUCUCGGCUUUAUCGGAGAGCACUGCCAGAUUCCACAGAACUCCACGUGCUACCCCAAAAACCCCUGCGCCAACCAAGGCAAAUGCACCUUGCUGUCCCUCGACAAAUACACUUGUAAAUGCGCCCGAGGAUGGACAGGACCACGUUGUGAGUAUGAAGACAGCUGCCUGUCAAGCCCCUGCGCCAAUGGUGGAUCGUGCCGCGCUCUGCCAGGUGGUACCUACAUCUGCUCAUGCCCACCUGGCUACACCGGUCCCCGCUGCCUCAAUGACACCAACGAAUGCAUAGCCGCGCCCUCAAAAUGUCAGAACGAAGGAGUGUGUGUCAACACCCCAGGCUCCUACAGGUGUCUGUGCAGUGCUGGGUUCACGGGUCGACACUGCGAGAGCUCUUACGUCCCCUGUUCGCCAUCACCUUGCCUAAACGGAGGCACUUGCCAUCAGAACUCUGAAACCAGCUACUCAUGCCACUGUCUUCCAGGAUUCAAUGGCACCAACUGCGAGAACAACAUCGACGACUGCCCAGGUCAUCAGUGCGAAAACGGUGGCACUUGUAUGGACGGCGUCAACACUUACAACUGUCAGUGUCCUCCAGAGUGGACUGGUCAGCACUGCACAGAAGACGUGGACGAAUGUCGUCUCCAGCCCAACACCUGCCAGAACGGCGGCACCUGCAACAACCUGGCCGGCGGCUACGUAUGCGUGUGCGUCAACGGCUGGAGCGGACCCGACUGCUCGGAAAAUAUCGACGACUGUACGACCGCAGCUUGUACACAAGGCUCGACUUGCAUUGAUAGGGUCGCCUCUUUCAUUUGCCGCUGCCCCCAUGGGAAAACAGGUUUACUUUGCCACAUUGAUGACGCCUGCAUUAGCAACCCAUGCAGGGAGGGCUCCCAGUGUGACACCAAUCCCAUCAGUGGCAUGUUCAACUGCAACUGUCCGCCAGGUUACGUCGGCAGCACCUGCAAUGUUGAUAGAAACGAAUGCAGCAUCGGAAGCAACCCCUGCGAGCAUGGCGGCCAAUGCGUAAACACAGACGGUUCCUUCACCUGCAAUUGCGUGAGAGGGUAUGCUGGACCACGUUGCGAACAAGAUGUCAAUGAGUGCGCGUCCAACCCCUGCCAGAAUGACGGCACUUGCUUGGAUCGCAUCGGCGACUACACGUGCAUCUGCAUGCCUGGAUUUGAGGGAACUCACUGCGAGAUCGACGAGAACGAGUGUCUCAGCUCACCCUGUCUGAACCAGGGAAAAUGUCUGGACCAGGUCAACCGCUUUGUCUGCGAGUGCCCAGCAGGCUUUAGUGGCGAAACAUGCCAGAUCGACAUCGAUGAAUGUUCGAGUACACCUUGUUUAAACGGAGCCAAGUGUAUCGACCGACCAAAUGGAUAUGACUGCGAAUGUGCUGAAGGCUUCACAGGUCUUCUUUGCGAAGAGAACAUAAACGAUUGCCAGCCGGAGCCGUGCCAUCACGGCGUGUGUAAGGACGGCAUCGCUACCUUCUCUUGCGAGUGCCAACCUGGAUAUGUGGGCUCCAUCUGCAACAUCCAAGUCCAGGAGUGCCACAGCAACCCUUGUCAGAACCGAGGACGCUGCAUUGACCUGGUCAAUGCCUACCAGUGUAACUGUCCACCUGGGACUGCGGGUGUGAACUGUGAAAUCAACGAAGAUGACUGUGCUAGCAACCCGUGCGAGUAUGGAGAGUGCCAGGAUGGUAUAAAUGAGUACAAGUGUGUGUGCUCUCCAGGAUACACAGGAAUCAAAUGCGACGUGGAUAUCAACGAAUGUAACUCCAAUCCCUGUAUGAGCGGAGGAACCUGCCUUGACAAAAUCAACGGGUUCCACUGCUUGUGCCCGCCCAGCACGCACGGGCCCCUGUGCCUCUCUGGCAUCGAUCACUGUGAGCAACAGCCUUGCAUUAAUGGAGAAUGUAUUGAACAGCAGCACGGUUACCAUUGUGAAUGCGAACCUGGCUGGGGAGGACAACACUGUGAGCAGGAAAAAGACGAGUGCCAGCCCAAUCCGUGCCAAAAUGGCGGCUCGUGCGUAGACCGACAUAACGGGUACACCUGUGAAUGCCAACUUGGAUUCCGAGGCGUCAACUGCGAGAAGAACAUCGACGAAUGUGCGUCCAAUCCUUGUCUUAACCAAGGCAUUUGUAUCGACAGGGUCAACAGUUACACGUGCCAGUGCAGUCUACCAUUCACAGGUAAACAUUGUCAGGACGAACUCGAUCCUUGUGCUUCUCACCCGUGUGAGAGGGGUGGAGUUUGUCAUCAGACAGCAGACUACAACUCCUACGUUUGCCGCUGUCCUCCCGAAUGGCAAGGGCCGCGUUGCACCGAGGACGUCAACGAGUGCAAAAAGAACCCUUGCCGAAACGGCGGUUAUUGCGUGAACAGCCCGGGCAGCUACAUGUGUAAAUGUCAGCCGGGAUACAGCGGACACAACUGUCAGACGGAUGUAGACGACUGCUCACCCAAUCCGUGCUUAAACGGCGGCUCUUGCGUGGACGACGUCGGCGGUUUCGCAUGCGAAUGCCGCCCCGGUUUCACCGGCGGGCGCUGUGAAACGGAGAUUGACGAGUGCGCCAGCCAACCCUGCUGGAACGGCGCCAGCUGCCGGGAUUACGUCAACAGCUUCGUGUGCGAGUGUCGUGCCGGCUUCGACGGAAUCCUGUGUGAACACAACAUCCAAGAGUGCACUGAAAGCUCUUGCCUGAAUAACGGGUCAUGCAUCGACGACAUUAACACCUUUUCGUGUCGCUGCCGUCCCGGCUUCUACGGCACCUUCUGCGAAUACGAACAAAACGAAUGCGACUCCCAACCUUGUAAAAAUGGCGGCACCUGCACGGACGGUUUGGGCACCUACAGAUGCACUUGUCCUGUGGGCUACAAUGGGCAAAACUGCCAGAACUUUGUCAACUUGUGCAGCCAAGUGCGCUGUCACAACGGCGGCUCCUGCUCUCAAACAGCCACCUCCUGGACUUGUCAUUGUCAAAUGGGAUGGACCGGACUUUACUGUGACGUCCCGAAUAUGUCUUGCGAGGACUUUGCUGCCAGAAAUGGUGUGAACGUGGACAACAUUUGUAAAAAUGCAGGGCGGUGCGUGAACAAGGGUAAUUCCCAUCAGUGUCAAUGCCAGCCCGGCUACACGGGCAGCUACUGUGAAGAUAUGGUGGAUGAGUGCCAGUCUAAUCCUUGUCGCAAUGGAGCCACAUGCAAGGACUACCAGGGGACAUAUGAAUGUGUCUGUAAACCAGGUUACCAGGGAGUGAACUGCGAGUAUGAUGUUGAUGAAUGCCACUCGAAGCCUUGUCUCUAUGGAGGAACGUGCUUCAAUCUCAUCAACCACUUCACCUGUGCUUGCCCACCUGGAACACAGGGGCUUCAGUGCGAAGUGAAUGUGGACGACUGCGCCCCCAAGCCUGGCUCAUGGGAACCCCGCUGUCUUAACGGCGGUCAGUGCGUGGACGGCAUAGGACGAUACACCUGCUCCUGCCCGCCGGGCUUCGUGGGAGAACACUGCGAGGGGGAUUUGAACGAAUGCCUGUCCGCCCCUUGCCACGCCGACGGCAGCUUGGACUGCGUGCAACUUGACAAUGACUAUCAGUGCCGCUGCCGCCUGGGAUACACAGGUCGUCAUUGUGAAUCCAUGGUGGAUUUGUGUCUGAAUAAGCCGUGUCAUAACAGUGGCGUGUGCUCCAUGAACAUGAGUUCAGUCCAUGGCUACACCUGCUCAUGUCUCCAUGGCUUCGCUGGAUUUAACUGCGGUGAUCUUGAUGGCUACAACUGCGCUAAGCUCCAAUGCACGAACGGCGGGACCUGCGUGGAGUCUCCGGUGGGUCAGCUGUACUGCCAGUGCCCACCUGGCUUUAGCGGGCCACACUGCGAAAAUAAGCAAUUGUGCCCGAUGCUCUGCCAAAAUGGCGGAACCUGCGUUAGCGACCCUUCCAACCAGUACAGCUGCCGCUGCCCCACACACUUCUACGGACGCCACUGCGAGAAGAAAGUAUCCGUGCUGCGCACGCCCUCAUGCCCCUAUGUUCAGUGCGCGCUUCAUUCGAGGGAUAAAGUGUGCGAUACGCAGUGUAACAACCACGAGUGUGAGUGGGACGGAGGAGACUGCUCGCUCAACUGGAAGCAGCCUUGGGUCAACUGCAACGCUAGCGUUCCUUGCUGGGAUUACUUUAAAAACGGACGUUGCGACAAGGAGUGCGACAACCCGGGUUGCCUUUUUGACAGCUUUGAGUGCCAGGAAAAUGCACCCAGCACCUGCAAGUAUGAUAAGUACUGCCCUGACCACUACGGUGACAUGGUGUGUGACAAGAGUUGCAACACAGAGGCCUGCGGUUGGGACGGCCUGGACUGCGCCGGCGAUACUCCGGCCAAAGUGAUCGAGGGCACCCUGGUUAUCGUAGUCCGCCUUCAGCCUAAAGAGCUCCUUAAGGACUUGCGUGGUUUCUUGCGCUCUCUGGGAGCUCUGCUACACACCAAUUUGAGGGUGAAACUAGAUGACAACAAGGAGCCCAUGGUGUACCCGUACUACGGGCCUGAGGAUGGCCACCAACGGUUUUUGCAAAACGGCAAAAGCAAGCGUGAGCUGGAGAGAGAGGUUAUCGGUUCUGAGGUCCACCUUCAAAUUGACAACCGGGAAUGUUCACAACAAUCCAACGAGUGUUUCUCCAACACCAAUGAAGCCGCUUCCUUCAUCGCAGCGGCACAUAUCAAGGCCGACCUGCCUUAUCCUCUCGUGUCUGUUAACAGUGACCUGACUGUUAAAGAUGAGACCACCUUCCCCAUGUACAUGAUCGGUGUUGCGUUUGUGAUCGUUCUGCUCAUUCUGGUGUUAGGGAUGCUAGCGGCCAAGAGGAAGAAUAAACAUGGUCUUCUGUGGCUGCCCGAUGGUUUCUUGGCUAAUAAGAAUGACAAGAGGAGAGAACCUGUUGGUCAAGAUGACUUUGACUUGAAAAACUUCAAGACGCAAGAUGGAACCUUGGUGGAUGGGCGUCAAGGCCAGAGGUGGCUGGACGAUGAAGUUCCAGCUAAGAUUCCAAGGAAUGAAGACAAACCCUUGCUAACAAUGUCUUCGGAUGGAGGGAUUGACCGAAGGGAGUGGACUGUCCAGCACCGCAAGGCCGCUGAUGUCAUUUUAACUCCUCCGCAAGCUGACAUGGAUAUGGACUGUCUGGAUGUCAACGUCAAGGGACCUGAUGGCUUCACCCCGCUGAUGUUGGCUUCACUCCGCAAUGGCGGAGGCCCCGACUGCUUGCUACCCGGAGACGAAGAGGAGGAGAGCGGAGGCGACGAACCUGGACCGAGCGUUAUAUCCGACCUGAUCGCACAGGGCGCUUCGCUAAUGGCCCAGACGGACCGCACCGGAGAGACUGCGCUCCAUCUGGCCGCCCGCUACGCUAGAGCGGACGCCGCUAAAAGGCUCUUGGACGCCGGCGCCGAUCCUAAUGCCCAUGACAACAUGGGCAGAACCCCACUGCAUGCUGCUGUGGCAGCGGAUGCACAGGGAGUCUUUCAGAUUCUCAUUCGCAAUCGCGCAACUGAUCUGAACGCCAAAAUGAAUGACGGCACCACUCCACUGGUAUUGGCAGCCAGGCUGGCUGUGGAGGGCAUGGUGGAAGAACUCAUCCACUGCCAUGCUGAUAUUAAUGCGGUUGAUGACCAUGGCAAGUCUGCUCUUCACUGGGCUGCGGCAGUUAACAAUGUGGAGGCCACUCUUGUGCUUUUGAAGAAUGGAGCCAACCGUGACAUGCAGGACAAUAAGGAGGAGACGCCGUUAUUCCUGGCAGCCCGAGAAGGCAGCUUUGAAGCCGCUCAAGUGCUCCUGGACCACUACUCCAAUCGCGACAUCACCGAUCACCUGGAUCGUCUUCCCAGGGACACGGCUCAAGAACGGAUGCACCACGACAUCGUGCGCCUGCUCGACCAGUACAACCUGGUUCACAGCCCCCACAGCGGCCCCAAUCACAUCGGAGGAAACUCCUCGGUGAUGUGCGGCGCCAACGGAGCCGCGUUUAUCGGCAUGCGUCCGGGACCGCAGGGGAAGAAAAGCCGGCGGGGCGGCGGCAAAAUGGGAGGCGCCGGCGGGGGUGCUAAGGACCCCAAAGACAUGAAGGCUAAGCGAAGAAAGAAGCCCGCCGGGGGUGAGGGUCCGGCCGCGGGCGGUGGCGCAGCGAGCGCGUCGGGCAGUGUCAAUGGCGUGAAAGCGGCCGGAGGUCUCCCCGAGAGCUCCGUCACCAUGUCGCCAGUCGACUCCUUGGAAUCGCCGCACUCGUAUGGAGGCGACGUAUCCGGCGCCGCCUCCGCUAACGCCAACUCGCCGCCCCUCAUGACCAGCCCCGCCACCAGACCGAUGCUGCCCCCCGUCAGCCACAUGCUCGGCCAGCAGCAGCAACAGCAAGCUUGGGUGGGCAUGAACAAACGCGGCUACGGCGGCCACAUGUUUGGCCUAGUGCCGCACCCCAUGGGGGGAAGCCACCGCGGGAUGGCGCAGCACCACGGCCAGGGUCCUAUGCUGACCCCCAUGAACGUCACCAUGAGUAGGGAGCAGCUUCCCCCUAUCGUCACCUUCCAGAUGAUGGCGCCCGGCAGAGGCCAAGCCUUGAUGAAGCAGCCCCAGCAGAGCCACGUGCAGGUGACUCAAGCCCAGCCUCAGAACCCCCAGGCGGGGCCCGGUCGCCUCCACUGCAGCCAAGCUUUGAUGUACCAGAUGCCUGAUCAGAUGAGCAUAGGGCUCUCGCACCCCAUGCACGCCAUCAACCACGGAGGACCGCUACCUUCAUACACUCCCAUGCAGAGCCCGGUGGAUAAGUACCCCACCCCGCCCUCCCAACACGGCUAUACCCCCGCCGGCUCCGAAGGCACCACCCCCGGCCACCCGGCGCACCCUCCCAGCGAGCACCCCUAUCUCACACCUUCGCCCGAAUCCCCGGACCCCUGGUCGUCGUCCUCGCCGCACUCCAACUCGGACUGGUCCGACGUCACCACCAGCCCCACCCCCCUGGGGAACGGCCACCACGCACUGCCCUCCGCACGCCACACACACAUUCCCGAGCAGGCGCAGCUGCCGCCGCCCUCACAGCCCGCGCAACAGGGGACCCCUCAGCCGGCCCUGGGGAGCAGGCAGGUGUUCGCGUAGGCGGGCCAAAGAGUGACUUUCGGGGGUUCUGCGCGCCUCCACGUUGAAGCGUAGUUACGUUCUUUAGCCCCGUCGUAUGUUAUAGCCUUCUCUCUUUUGCACUUAAGAAAACUUGUGUAUAGUUUCUAAAAUCUCCCUGAGCUAGAAAUCAAAUCCAGUGGUGUGCCUUGACUUAAAGUUAUCUUGACACUGCCAUUGACUGUCCGGUGAUAAAGGAACCAAAUUUGCUUUAAAAAAAAAAAAAAAAAAAAAAAAUCUUUUUUUAAUUGAUUACACAGUAACUUUGGCAUAUUACAACUUACAAUACUGAAACAAAGGAAACAAAUCAAGAACCUUCCUACUGUUCUAACCGCUUUAUCCCAUAAACUUUUUUUUCUACCUGAAUUUACAUAUGAAAAGUAUACCUCAAAUGACUUCAGUGAAUACGUAAGUACAUGAAAAUCAUAAUAAUAAUUUUUAAAAUGACCUGAAUUUACAUUUAAAAAAUAUACCUCAAAAAGAAUUCAGUGCAUAAGUACAUGAAAAUCAUAAUGAUAAAGAAAAUUCAAUUCAAUUGAAAAAUACAGCGAAAAAUGGACAAAUCCGGAAUAAAAAUAAUAAUUCAAAAAAAUUAUAUUUAAAAAAAAUUUGAAGAAAUUAUUAUUUUAAAAAUUAAAAUCAAACAUUGAAAAAGCAUUUUCGGGAGAAUAUAAAAAUAAAAAGAAGGAAUUUAUUAAUAUAUAAAUUACCUGAAUUUACAUUUGAAAAAUAUACCUCAAAAAGAUUUCAGUGCAUAAGUGCAUGAAAAUCAUAAUGAUAAAGAAAAAUUCAAUUCAAUUGAAAAAUACAACAAAAACAGUAAAAUCUAGAAUUAAAAUAAUAAUUUAAAAAAAUUAAAAACCAUUUUUUAAAUUAUUAUUUGAAAAAUUAAACAUUGAAAAAAACCUUUUCAGGAGAAUAUAAAAAUAAAAAGAAGGAAUUUAUUAAUAUAUAAAUUACCUGAAUUUACAUUUGAAAAAUAUACCUCAAAAAGAAUUCAGUAAAUACAUAAGUACAUGAAAAUAAUAAUGAUAAAGAAAAUUCAAUUCAAUUCAAAAAUAUAACUAAAAUGGUAAAAUCCUGAAUGAAAAUAAUAAUUAAAUUUAAAAAAUUAAACAAAAAAAUUUUGAAAAAAAUUAUUAUUUUAAAAAUUAAAAUUAAACAUUGAAAAAACAUUUUCGGGAGAAUGUAAAAAUAAAAAGGAAUAUUUUAGUCCUUAUUUUUAGUAAGCAAAUUUAUUUGAAGCUUUUUCUAUAUUUACGUUUAUUUCCUAUUAUUUUAAAAAUCUUUUUGGGGGAUUUUUGGCUGUAUUUUCAAUUUAAAUUUCGAUUUUAUUUCUGAAUUUACAUUUGAAAAUUAUACCUCAUAAAGAAUUCAGUGAAUACAUAAGUACAUGAAAAUCAUAAUGAUAAAGAAAAUUCAAUUCAAUUGAAAAAUACAACUAAAAAUGGUAAAAUCCGGAAUGAAAAUAAUAAUUUAAAAAAUUACAUUUAAAAAAUUGGGGAGAAAAAUAUUUUAAAUAUUAAAAUUAAACAUUGAAAAAAUAUUUCGGGAGAAUAUAAAAAUAAAAAGAAGGAAUUUAUUAAUAUAUUCCACUGUUUUAGUCGUUAUUUUUAGUAAGCAAAUAUAUUUUGAACAUUUUUUCUAUAUUUACGUUUAUUUCCUAUUAUUUAAAAAAAAAAGGGGGGGGGGGAUGUCUACAUUUUUGGCUGUAUUUUCAAUUUAAAUUUCUAUAUUUUUUACCUGAAUUUACAUUUGAAAAUUAUACCUCAAAAACAAUUCAGUGAAUAACUACAUGAUUUUUUUUCUUUCUUUUACCUGAAUUAACAUUAGCGAAAUAUACCUCAGAUAGAAUUCCGUGAAUACUCUUAAAAAUCUUAAAUGAUGAUAAUAAUUUUUUAAAAUUAUUUUAAAAAUUAAACAUUAAAAAAAAAACAUUUUGGGGGAAAUAUAAAAAUAAAACGAAGGAAUUUAUUAAUAUACCCCACUUUUUUAGUUAUUAUAUUUUAAUAAGCUUAUUUUUUAUUUUUAAAAUCUUUUUUAGGAUUUUUAUAUUUUUGGCUGUAUUUUUCAAUUGAAUGUUCUAUAUUCUGUUGAUUUAUUUUUUUUAACAAUAUUUUAAUGUACUUAUGUAUUCCUCCAAUGCCUUAAGUAGAAUUGUUAACGAUGAUCGCUGCCAUCCUUCCCAGACCAAGUGAAUGGGACGUAUAUCGCCGUUUAUGACAGUGAAAUGCAAAUUCAAAUGAAUUUGACGUCUAUCAUCGUCAAUGACAGUGACUAAGUGUUUCUUUCCUUAUGUACCAAAUGUCCAUAUGUUUUGGUUUUUUUUUUUGCUUAAAUCAGAUUUUAUUCAGCAACCAAACGUGAACUUUUAAAAUUUUCUGAUCACGGAACGAACGUGGAUGUGGAAAUCUGUCUGCUAUGUGCUAUCAAAUUUAUGCCAAAAUGUCUGUUUAUAUUGAAACCACUUUUAAUACUAGGCCAAGUGUAUCCCAGCGGAUUGUUUGUUACUCGUGAGAUGAUCUAAUGCUUUUACUUGCAUGUUGCCAACAAUCGUAGUCGAAAAGCUCAAUGGAUGUUACCUACUUUUUUUUUUUUCAUCUCUGCUUGAAACAAACAUGGACGCACAGCAUAUUCUGCUUGUAAAGUCUGAGAUUUUACUUGGCAAAGAUUUUUUAAUGGCUUUUUUUAUAUAUAUAUAUGAAUACUGUGCGCACUUCUCGAGUAAUUGUGAAUGUUAAAAACUUAUUUUUUAAUGUUUCCUCCUCCAAAAUGGUGUAACUUGUUUGUGCUAACUUCCAAUCAUUGUCUGCUAUGUAUGUAGUUGUCGUAUAAGCCAAGUUUGGAGCUCAAUCAAAGUAUUUGGUGACUUCGCAAAUGUUUUUGCUAAUGGAAAACUAUUUGAAAAUGUUUUGUAUACAUCUUGAGAUAUGAGUAAGACAGUCGAGCGCGCUUACCGGCGUGCUAAAUUGUCUUAAAUCGUGAGGACAGUAAUCUCAAGUUUUGUUGUCGCUGUGUUUGUUAGGUGUGUGUACAUAGAAAAUGUUACUUUUCUUGUAGCGUACGUAUGAAGUAGUCCUGGCCAUGUUUGCUAAGCUCCAACUCGAACUGUUGUUGACAAACAUCAUGUUUCAUUUAUGAAUAAAAGACCGGAUCAUCAGAAAUGAGGGAGCGGGUGCUGUUAUUGUUCAUUGAAGAGGCGGAGGCUGGUCUUUCAGGGGACGGUGGAAAAGGUCGGGAAAGAAACUAGAGGGCCAGAAGUCAAGUCUCCAAACCAGUGGCUACAAUUAAAAAAGGAGGCUCAAUUUUUUGCUUGUCGUUUUUUUGCAAAGCAGUUUUCGCUAGGAUUAUGACGAAAGUCUCGUGUUCAACUCGGAACAAUGGAAUGGUACCUUGAAAAAUGCCUCCCGCGGAUGUUGAUCAUACGGCGAGAUUGAGAGGAGGCUGGCGGGCCAGUGCACCCCUAGUGGCCGAAAAAUGUCAUU